GUAAACAAGCCAGAAAUAUCGACCGAGGGAAGGAAGACAGACCUUAGCCUUAAAACCUUCCGGUGCCUCGUAAGUUGCCCCUCAAAUGAGUCUGUCGUCAGCCAAGAAAGCAUACAUCUGUGAAUGCUGAGCCCCCCUUUUGUAAGUAGCCAGAUGGCAACGGUUGGGGGUGAGUUGGUGGGUGGCGAACUAGGCGUGGUUCUGGAGGAAACUGGAGUAGGCGUGACCUUUGUUGACCCACCUUCCCUCGAGUCCUCCAGCCUGACAGAAGAUGCCCUACACAACGACCUUACAGUGUGCCAAUACAUACUACCACACGAUGUUACGGUUGCUGGAUUUGAAGAGGUAGUGGAAGAAGUGGAAUUAGGCUCCCCAUCAUGGGAUAAUCUCAACAAGUCUUCCUCCUCAUCUUCACUUAGCCAUGACUCGGGCAUUAGUGCAGAUCCUAGUCCUGAUGUUUUCUUUACACUCAUUGAGGAAACGGUGGCACCCAGUGGGUUACUUACAGCCUCCCCAGGCCAAGAAGGAGGUGAAGUCAUUGUAGAAAGGAUUUAUGAAAUGAAAGAUGACCUGUGUUUUACGGAGUCUGCACCGGAAAUCAAGGACGAACCUCUAGAAACAGUGGAACAUUGUGUGGAAUUGGAGAGUGGAGAGCAGGUAGUCGAACAUGAGGAACCUUGGCCCAAACGACGAAAGAGUCAGGACGACGCUGAGGAUGAGUGCGAGGGAAGCGAGGUGGAGACUAAGAAAGGGAGCCGUGUUAGAGUAGUUGCUUAUCACUGCUCUGAUUGUAGUGUCAAUUUUACUGAUGAGAGUGAAUUUAGAGCUCACAUGGAAGCUCACUUGAUCAAACUGCAGAAUUCGUGCGCACUUUGUAGUACAGAGUUUCCAACAAAAUCUGAACUUCAAGAUCAUAUCAAAGAACAUUUUUCUAAAAAUUCAUCUCAUACCUGUAAUAUUUGUGAGCAAAAAUUUGUUUCAAAGAGUGGUCUGAAACGUCAUAAGAAGCAGCUACAUAACUUUGGAAGUGUUGUUGUUUUGAAUACUGCUGUAAAAUGUGGGGUAUGUCAGGCUGUAUUUUCUGAUAAGGCUGCAUUAAGGCAGCAUGCUGCAUCUCAUGCUACGAGAAAGCCAUUUACAUGUGAGGAGUGUGGAGCAACAUUUACCCAAAAUGGGUCACUUCAAGUCCAUCUUCGCCGUCAUAGAGGAGAGAAGCCAUUUACCUGUCAGUUAUGUGGUAAUAGUUUUACCAGAGCACACAGUCUCAAAGUGCAUAUGAAAACACACACGGGUGAGAAGCCAUAUGCCUGUGAAUACUGUGGUGCAUGUUUUGUAACUUCAUCUCAUCUGACAGUUCAUCGGCGGACUCAUACAGGUGAAAGACCCUAUUCUUGUAGUGAUUGUGGAGCCACAUUCAUAACCACUUCACACUUAAAUGUACAUCGAAGAGUACACACUGGAGGUGGAAACAACACUGGCACACCAGUUAGUUGUCCUCAGUGCCAAGCAACGUUUAAUGAUCCAGCCCAGCUCCGCCAUCACCGACGUACUCAGCACAGAGUGACUCACCAGCAGUCAAUGCAAGUAACAUGUAAAGUGUGUGACAAGCGAUUUUCAAACCACUCUCAGCUAGGUAAACACAUGGUGCAUGAAUGUGGUUGAGUUUGGCUGAAUUUAGGGGGCACAAUGGCUUGGAUAUUUAAGAAUUGUAGAUCUUGGUUGUUGCAAAUGAUGCCGUUGGUCACAAAGUGAUCAGUUAGAUUUUCUCAGAAAUUUAACAAAUUUAGAUGGAUCAAGAAUAAAAAAGCUAUGAAACUUUGUAGCUAUAUAUAUAGUAAAAGAAAAGUUUUUUGGGAGCAAGACCUCUCAGUCUAUAGAUUGUGAGGCCAUAAAUAAGUCUGAUUGCCUUUUUAAGCGUUCCAUAAACAUCAUGAACACGGCCCUAGUAGUGUCUGUCGUGUUGCGGUGAUAGAUGUCCCGCAAGACAGUAGUCUUGUAGCUAGUCUUGAAGUAGUCUCAUGCGGGUAGUGUUUCGGUUUUGUUUUUUAGAAGAUGCUGCCUUUUGAUGCAAGUAGAAAAACCAAAGAUUUAACUGUGCCAUAUGUUUUGCAGUGAAAAUUACUGCAGUUUUAUUUAUUUAUAAUAUGUAUUCUAUUUUAUUUAAUAACAGUAUUGUUAAGUUAUUUAUUUCUCCUUGUUGUUUUUGUACAAUAACGUGUCUUAGAUUUUUGAGUGUUAUCUACAAAAGUAACUCUCUUGUGUUUUAGGCUUUUAAUAAUCAGGGUACAAUUACUUUCUGAAGCAUCGGAUAACUUACACGCUUAAGACUGCAUAACUUGUUAUACCUGCUGAUCACCUAGAUCAGUCAUCAAGUGUUUUAGUCUACAACAUAGAACAAAAUCCUAGUCAGAAUGUAUGAGACAUCAUGUCAGCCAUAAGUCUGGAAGAUCAGCUACAUAGUUUGCUGUCUCUCCACUUUCCAUUAUGAUAGUCAUAACUGUACUGAAUUGCAUUUUAGGAGCACUUCAAAUCAAUGAAGUUUCACUAACCUUGAAGAAAUAGCAGUUGGUAUUGAUAGUCUGUAUAGAAAAAUGUAUAAAUAAAAAAAAACAAAAAAAGAAAAGGCAAAACAAAAAUAUGAAAUGUAGUGUAAAAAAAAAGACGUGACAUUUCCUUCUGAGAAAUUAUUGCUAUUUUGAGGAAGCACUCAUAGGAAAGAGAUAAUUUUAAGUAUUUAUUUAUGAAAGAUAUAAUAUUCAUUGUACAAGUGAUAACAUGUACUUAACAGACCUAGAACAGAUGAUUAUUAUUAUAUAACUAAAAGAUGUGUAACAAAAACAUAAGGUGUCGCGACAGUAUUAAAAAAGACAUAAAUUGUAUACUUAAAAAACGGAUAGAAAAAAUUGAAGGAAAUCCCUUAGUAAUGCCAUAGGGUUUUAUGUGAACUUCAGACUUUUAAAAAACUAUAACUUGCCAAAGUAGUGUGGAAUAAAUGGUCUUAUCAUUUCUGAAUUGCAUUGCAUUGUUGUGUAAUAUACAUCUAUCUCUAAGCCAAACAAUAUAAACUGGUCACUUGAUUAUGUGUGGCCAUACGUUCCAGGUUUUAUUUCCAAUUCUGAUUGGCUUUAUAUUUUUACUUUCAAUAGUCUCUUAAGUAGAUAAAUAUAUUUUUGACCCUCACCAUGGAUAGAUUAUAAUUUCUGACUUUUUGUGCUCAAUUAUAUUUGUAAAUAGUAGUUAAUGCAUUCAUGGAUGUAAUUUGCUCUUAAGAUUUUAAUGUCACAACAAAUGAACACAAGUGAAUUCAUGAAUCCUUUAACUCUGAAAAUAAUUACUUGCCCUCAGAAUCUGUAUGGAAUGUCGCAUUCUCAUUUAUUCAGGACAUCCAUUUCAUGUAGGCCAAGGAUAUUUAGUUACCCUACUGAGGUGAAAGAGAUUGUUAUCUUUUAUUUUUGCCAUGAAUAUUGUUUUCCACCUGGAAAUGGAUAAUUGUUAUGGUAUGUGAGAUUUUAAAAGUCUGUAUGCAGAAUGGCAUAUUGCAGUAUGCCACAUUUUCAUCAGUUUCAAACACAAAAACUUAUCUGCCUUGGCACGCUUCUUUGUAAAUAAUGUAGUCAACGGAGGCCUCUUCACACAAAAUUCAUAGUUUUGUUGAAUUUCAUCUUAUGGAGAGGUGUGUAGAACUGUGUGCAAUAGAGUAUCCAGUCACUUUUUGAUGUUGAAAUAUACAAAUGUUAAUA